AUGCAAUCAUAUUUACACAUCUCUUCAAAAAUGAAUAGUAAGUGUCUGAGUGCGAUCGAGCAAUUGGGACAAGGGCAAGGGAGUUCUGAUGCCGAUGAGGCCACGUGUCCCUACCGAAUGGUGGAUCAAUUACUCGUCCGCGUCCGCCAACGGCAAGGGCAACGAAGUUCUGAAAGUGCGGUCGCGAUACAUACGUCCGGUUUACAAGCACGAGACCGGGACGGUAGUGCAGUUAUUCCUCACUCGAAGUCAGGCCCAGCCUCCACGCUCGCUGUUGCCGCUCCUCCUCCACCCCCUCCCCAGCCACCGGGACUACCGCCGGCCGUAGCGAAUAACGUGUGGGAAGAGUAG